AUGGCUCCGACCCCUCUAUCACUACCCGAUUCCGACGACGACUCUCCUCCCGCCGGGCUCCUCAGUCCUUGGAGACCCCCUCGACGAUCCAUCUCCACGGGCAGAAGUUCUCCGUUCGCUCGAAACCGAUCAACGGCAUGGCGAGACGAGCUGAUCAAUAACGCCGAGAAAAUGAGUCGCCGUGUGCUGAGAGUGUGGAGUGGCAUGACUCUGUUACAAAAAAUCCUCGCCUGCAUUGGUCUGGUGGUGUUGGCCACUGUGGGCGUCCUGUUCCUUACCUUCAACGAACGGAUCUUCGGCUGGCUCGAACCUCUUGCUGAACGCUGGAAACACACGACUGGGGGCUGGACAAUUUUGUGGGCGAUUGUCUUUUGCUGUGCCUUCCCUCCCGUUAUUGGAUAUUCUACUGCCGGCACCACCGCCGGUUUCGUCUAUGGCGUCGUCGAAGGCUGGCUUAUUCUUGCCUCCGCGACCGUGGUCGGAUCGUUCUGCGCUUUUAUCGUCUCGCGAAGCAUCCUGCGGAAGUGGGUGGAGCGCAUGGUCGCCCACGACAAGAGGUUCGCUGCGUUCAGCCUCAUCCUGAAGCAUGACGGGUUGAAGUUGCUGGCCAUGAUCCGGCUUUGUCCCUUGCCUUAUUCCUUGUCGAACGGGGCCAUGUCCACGUUUCCUACCGUCAGCCCCCUCUCGUACGCUCUCGCCACGGCGAUAGUCACGCCCAAGCUUUUGGUGCACGUCUUCAUUGGAAGUCGCCUGGCCGUCAUCGCCCGGACACGGGAGAAGAUGACCAUGGGAGAUCGUGCCAUCAACUAUGGAAGUAUCGCACUGGGUGCUGUGGUGGGCAGCCUCACAGGAUUAUACAUCUAUCGACAGACCAUGGCUCGAGCCAAGCAGCUGGAGGCCGAAGAAACCAACUCAGUCCGAGAUGCAGCACGACGGACUGGCCUCCCGCCGCCCGAGUUCAAUGACGACCCCGAGGCACAGGUGGCCGCGGAGACAGUUGCUGACGACACAAUGGACUACUUUGACGAAUCGCCUAAUGAGCGACCACGGUAUCACGAUGAAACCGACGACGACGAUGAUGUCUUUGGGAAAGGCGAUGGAGACGAUGAUGAACCUGUGACUGCCAACAUCAGUCUCCAUCAGCAAAAGAAAUAUGAAGGCGCAUGA